AUGGCAUCUCUCUUUAAACCACCUGAAUCAACAAGGCAGAACCCUAAGAUCCCAAAGUUAAAAUUGCCACAAAUUCAACAACAGGAGGCCACAACAGGAUAUCCACAUCUAUCAAAUAAAAAUACAAACAUAUAUAAUGUAAACAGAAUAAAUGGUCAAGUAGGCGGGAGUACGACGACGAUGCCACUGUCAUUGAACAUUCGUAAUACCAAUUCUGCUUUACCACCACUCCCCAAGAUGAAUAUGAAUAUACCUUCUGUAGGAGGCCCAGCAUCUGAUAGAUCUCGUUCAGGCUCUGUGACAUCAUCAAAGACACCUACAUCAUCAGGAUCAACUAGAAGACGACCCGUACCUCCACCUAUCCAAGGGAUAAGUAUGAAAGAGAUUAGUCCUGCUUCUAGGACAAGACCACCUCCUUCUAUGAGCCCCGUCGAUAUACAGAAUUCUUUAAAAACAUUAAGCAUCAAUACAGAGAGAUUGAACCCUACAGAUGGGCAACCUGCAGAACCUGGUUAUGAUACACCUUGCUCGCAAGAUUCUUAUAUAUCAAAUUUACUCUCUACUUACGAGGAAUCCACCAGCACAUCGACAACACCUUUAGUAAACGCAAACAAUUACCCAUAUCCAGAUUCUAACACCUCAACAUUAUCGUCGGAACGUACGAUAUCAGAGCAUGCCAUACCACCAAAAAUGGAUGUUACUGAUCUUGGAGAAAAUCUAUGGCACUUCAAACAUUUAAAAGAAGAAAUUGUCACACUAGGUGUACUAGGUGAAGGUGCUGGUGGUUCUGUUGCGAAAUGUAAACUGAAACAUGGAUCGACAAUAUUUGCAUUAAAGACUAUCAAUGUCUUGAACACUGAUCCAGAGUUCCAAAAACAAAUUUUCAGAGAGUUACAGUUUAAUAAAAGUUUUAAAUCUGACUAUAUUGUUAGAUAUUAUGGUAUGUUUACAGAUGAAGAGAAUUCGUCCAUAUAUAUCGCGAUGGAAUAUAUGGGUGGCCGAUCAUUGGAAGCUGUAUACAAGAACUUGAUGAAAAGAGGUGGGAGAAUUAGUGAAAAAGUGUUAGGAAAAGUAUCAGAAUCUAUAUUACGAGGGUUAUCCUAUCUACAUGAAAAGAAAAUCAUCCACAGAGAUAUUAAACCACAGAAUAUAUUGCUAAGUGAUAUCGGGGAAGUUAAGUUAUGUGAUUUCGGUGUCAGUGGUGAAGCGGUCAACUCUCUUGCUACAACAUUUACUGGUACUUCGUUCUACAUGGCACCGGAGAGAAUCCAAGGUCAGCCAUAUAGUGUUACCUGUGAUGUGUGGUCUCUUGGUUUGACUGUUCUCGAGGUAGCUCAAGGUCAUUUCCCGUUUGGUUCUGAUAAGAUUACUGCAAACAUCGCACCAAUUGAAUUGCUAAUGUUAAUUCUUACAUUUGAACCACAGUUGAAGGAUGAAGAAGAAAACAACAUCAAGUGGAGUGGUUCUUUCAAGUCUUUUAUUGCAUACUGUCUGAAAAAGGAUCCAGCAGAAAGACCAUCACCUAGACAAAUGUUACAACAUCCAUGGAUACAGGGUCAGAUGAAGAAACGGGUUAAUAUGGAAAAAUUCAUCCAUAAGUGUUGGGAAGAAUAA